AUGAUGAUUCAGAUCAAUAAACAGCCAGUGCUCCUGCCUCCGCCGCCGCCGCAAGGGUGUUUGACGACGGCUGCUAUUCCGACAAGAGCAGCCCGAAACCUCCUUGUCCUCAACGCACCCACAAGGUCAACAACAAUUCCGACAACUAUUUCAAUGGCUCGUCAAGUCCGACAUUCGGUCCUCCCAAUAAUCCCGAUGAUGAAAAGAAGAGGAAGAAGAGCAAUGGCGGCUUCCGAUUCGGUUUCGGCUGCUGCUGUUGUCGACGUGGAUAUGGGGAUUCGGAGGAAGAAGAAUAACAAGAAUAACAAGGUUUUUAAGGCGUACGGCGACCCCUGCCUCGAUCUGUUUUUCAACGUCACACAACGACCCGGCGAUUACAGCGAGGAGCAGCAGGAGACGGAGAAGGAGUAUCACACCAAAAUGUUUAACUAUCUGCGGCAACAGCUCCCCUUGGCCUGGUCCCACGAUCCUCUCACCACUCUCAAGCUCAUCUUCAACCUCUCUUCCUGCGGUAUCGACGGAUCGAAAUGGUACAGUGAAGCUUUUGAAUUCGCAGCUGUUUGGCUCCACCACAACCACCCCAACACUCUGUUACGCAACUUCGGCUCUCUUGCCGACUCCUUCGGUCCUUUGUUCACCCUGCUCGACGUUCUGUACGGCAUCCUCGUUCCUCCUCAGGAUCAGCUGGAUCACACACUGGAGGAGUUACUCCAACGCGAGAAUCCGAAUUCUCAUGCUGAUCGGUACGCCCACGACCCGACUUACAGGCUUUUGCACGACCGGGGUAUGGAUGCUUUUGCGGAGCGGUUGAAGUCCGAUCUUGAAAAAUUGAAGCAGAACAAGCUCGAGCUCAAGCCGUGUGAUUAUGAUGACGAUGUUGACGAUGUUGACGAUGAUACCGACUACAAUGCUAAACGCGGUUCUCUUGAUGCUUAUGCUUAUCAUGAUCUUCUCGUUUCUUUGGCAAUAGAUUGUUUGCUUACAGGGAACCCUUGGGAGGCACAUAAGGGGCGCUCCAUUUCGCUGGAAGAAAGCACUGCGAGGAGGCUUCUCACCCCCGAAUCAGAUGUAUCGCGGGAGUGGGAGCGGCUGAGGAAGGAGGUUUUGGCGCCCUUGAAAAACUACUCUAGUCGUCAAAGUCGGUUUGGCAGGUGGGAGCGCUGCGAGGUGAAGAAGUACUUGGAGGAGGUGAAAGCAGCAACAACAAUUAUAAAGCCCGACGCUUUACUUCCAUAUGACAUCCUACGCUAUCUGGAAGAUGGUAAUGUUGGGGAAGCGGCAGAGCUUCAAUGGAAGGCAAUGGUGCAAAAGGUCAAGGAGGGCGGCAAAUUCAAAAACUGCUGGGCUGUAUGUGACAACGGCUGGUGCCAGUCAUGGAGUUUGAGUUUGGGACUUUUGGUGUAUGAACUGAGUGAAGAGCCAUGGAACCGAAAAAGUGAUGAAUUUCAGUCUGCCUGA